AUGGCGAAUGUACAAGCAGGCCAAGGUGUUCCACAAACGACGGGUGUGGCUCAGUCCUCUCAAAUCCAACAGUCUGCUAUUGACGUGGAUCCAAUAGCAAAGUUUCAACUGCUUCUGCCAACUCUGAAACAUUCUCUUGUGAACUUGAUGAAGAUUUCUAGCCAAGUGUUGCAACAGAACGGUUUUACAGAUGGAGGCAGGGGUAAAUUAAGUGAGAGCCCAUCCCCUCAACAGAAAUUUGAGAAGAGCCUUGAGGAGUUUUAUUCCAUCUGUGAUCAGAUUGAAGUCAACUUGAGGCUUGCUUUGGAGACACACUGUGAGAUAGCAGACAGUGUUAAAAACACCCCAGUGCCACUGCAUGGACAGAAGCUAGACUCGACUGUAUCACACGAUGGACAGACCUCUCAGUCUGGCCUUUAUUCACAGUACCUGACUAUUGUCCAAGCUCAGAUCAACUGUGCCAAGGAACUUCAUGAAAUGCUUACAGAAAGUGCCAGAAAAUUGGGGGAAAGUUGAAGAGUGCCAUUCUAAAGGUGUGCUUUCUCUAACAUGAAACCUGUCAGAUACGGUGUAGUUGGCAUGGUCAUACCAGCAAGUGGAUGUCCGACAAAGAAGACUGGAGAUGAAGCAGACAGGAGUCAAUGCUUAAAACAGGAUGAAAGACAGAUUGAGGAGGCUGUUGUCCCUUAAAUUCAUGCAAAUUUCGUCUUGUUAGCACAUCAAAAGACUGUGUCUUGUCCAGGACCCACUCUUUAGUGGCGCUAUAGCUACUGUGUUAUUGAAACCAGUUUAGACAAGGACUGUUAAUCUUUGUUGGCCUACUUUGUCAGUAAUAGAUGUAUCUGUCAGUCUUAUAUGCCUGCUUUGUCAGUAAUGCAUGUAGCUCAGUGUUGUAUACCUACUUUGUCAGUAAUGCAUGUAGCUCAGUGUUGUAUUCCUACUUUGUCAGUAAUGCAUGUAGCUCAGUGUUGUAUACCUACCUUGUCAGUAAUGCAUGUAGCACAGUGUUGUAUUCCUACUUUGUCAGUAAUGCAUGUAGCUCCGUCUUGUAUGCCUACUUGUCAUUAAUGCAUAUAGCUCAGUCCUGUAUGCCUACUUUGUCAGUAAUGCUCUGUCUUAUAUGCCUACUUUGUCAGUAAUACCUGUAGCUCUCAGUCUUGUAUGCCUACUUUGUCAGUAAUGCAUAUAGCUCAGUCUUGUAUGCCUACAUUGCCAUUAAUACCUGUAGCUCUCUGUCUUAUAUGCCUACUUUGUCAGUAAUACCUGUAGCUCUCAGUCUUGUAGGCCUACUUUGUCAGUAAUGCAUAUAGCUCAGUCUUGUAUGCCUACAUUGCCAUUAAUACCUGUAGCUCUCUGUCUUAUAUGCCUACUUUGUCAGUAACACCUGUAGCUCUCAGUCUUGUAUGCCUACUUUGUCAGUAAUGCAUAUAGCUCAGUCUUGUAUGCCUACAUUGUCAUUAAUACCUGUAGCUGUCUGUCUUAUAUGCCUACUUUGUCAGUAAUACCUGUAGCUCUCAGUCUUGUAGGCCUACUUUGUCAGUAAUGCAUAUAGCUCAGUCUUGUAUGCCUACAUUGCCAUUAAUACCUGUAGCUGUCUGUCUUAUAUACCUACUUUGUCAGUAAUACCUGUAGCUCACAGUCUUGUAUGCCUACUUUGUCAGUAAUGCAUAUAGCUCAGUCUUGUAUGCCUACGUUGCCAUUAAUACCUGUAGCUGUCUGUCUUAUAUGCCUACUUUGUCAGUAAUACCUGUAGCUCUCAGUCUUAUAUGUCUAUUUUGUCAGUAAUGCAUGUAGCUCUCAGUCUUGUAGGCAUACUUUGUCAGUAAUGCAUAUAGCUCAGUCUUGUAUGCCUACAUUGCCAUUAAUACCUGUAGCUCUCUGUCUUAUAUGCCUACUUUGUCAGUAAUGCAUAUAGCUCAGUCUUGUAUGCCUACAUUGCCAUUAAUACCUGUAGCUCUCUGUCUUACAUGCCUACUUUGUCAGUAAUACCUGUAGCUCUCUGUGUUAGAUGUCUGUUUUGUCAGUAAUGCAUGUAGCUCUCAGUCUUGUAUGCCUACUUUGUCAUUAAUACAUGUACCUGUCACUCAUCCAAAAUACACUUAGUGGUUUUCACUUUCAUUGUAUAGAUGACACGGGAAAAAAGAUGUUUUUUCCAUCUUUGGUAUGGUUUAAAGCAUUUUGAAAUCAGAAUGAAAACAUAUGAUGAACAGUUGUUCUGUACAAAUGCCCAUUGUCUUUCAUAUGACGUAGAGGUUGUCCAGUAUGUGUAUGUCAUGUUAAAAAAUCUUCCCUCAGGAGAACAAGCAUCACUGUGUCAAUUUGUGUGCUCCCAUUGGGAGUGAGCAAUGACUUGGGCUAUCAUUAAAAAGUUGUCUGUUGUGAGUAACAAGCCAUUCUGAUAUUUGCCAAUUCGUAAAGUUCAAAGUAUUACUGGACACUUAAACUGUCAUACUGUAUUUAAAGACAAGACAAGACACAUUCUGAUAGCUUUUCCAGAGAAAAAAUCUGAACUGAAAGCUAUAUGCAUAGCUAUGAGCACUCAGGUUCUUGGCAAGGAGCAGGAGGUGAUAAUCGAACUAAAUUUUGCAAAAUACUGAUUUUUGCCGUUUCAUAAAAUACUACGGCAGGACAUUGACACUGUCAUAUCUGAAGACUAGAUGCAUGUUGAUUACUUUUCCAGAAAGAACGUUUUCCUAAAAGCUGUACUUUUUGUACUAAACUUAGCUUCAAUGCUUAUCUCUCCAGAGUAGAUCCUCUUUGUUUUCACGUCCAGUGGUUCAGGCACGUGAUAACAUAGGCUGCUAAUGAUUGACUCGGAGCAGCAAAAGUAUGAAUUUUUCAUUUUUUUAUGUUAAAAUCUUUUUUUAUACAUACCUCACCUGGGUUAAACGGUCUUUGCUUUCACGUCCAGUAUUAUAGUCACGUGACCAAAGAGUGUGCUGAUGAGAGCAACUUAGACAUCACAGCAAAACUAUGAAU